CCUUCUCCAAGUUUUUUUUGGCAGAUUUAAGUCAUUUUCCUCAUCUGUAUUCUUUUAAAGAUUCAAUGGAAAUCCUGAAUGUGUUUCUUCCAGAAAAUAACUGAAAUUAAGCUAUCUGAGACAUUCCCUGGUGUGAUAUCCUGGCCCCAGUGGAUGGUGAUAUUCUGGUCCAAGGCUUAAUAGAAUUAAUACCGUACUCAUACAAACAAGGCAUAUUUUUUUCGGAAGCCUAUCUCGAAAGAACCUCCAAGUUAAGCGUGCUUGGCUUGAAGCAAUUUGGGAUGAGUGACUGACCGAGAAGUUUUCUCGCGUGCGCAUGAGUGAGAACAAAGUGCGCACAAAAGACCCGUGUUGGUCUGUGUGGACAAUAUAUGAUCCUAGAGAGCUAACAGGAGUAAGUACCGCCGGUUCGGGAGUGGAUGGGGUGUUACAAGUGCUAUCUGAGCCGACCCUUGCGGUUUCACGUGCUGUCAUGUGGGGCCGCACCUAUAUGCGGGCCCGCGACGCCAGGAGAGCUGAGGCUCGGGCGUUCAAGGUGGGCGCCAACAGCAACUCACCUAAGGAAGGUUCGUCCAAGGAAAGUGGCAACAGCUCAACCAAGGAAGGUCCGUCCAAAGAGGAAAGUGGCAACAACUCAACCAAGGAAGGUGUCCAAGGAAAGUGGCUAGAUUAGUGGCCAAAUUGAUAGGCCUUAAUUGUAGGGGAGUUGGUUUCCAAAUAAGUCAUUUCCUAAAUUAGAAGUUACCUAGUUGGUCAGGCCAGUGGCCUAUUUAUAUGGAACCGUGAGGCAAUGAAGGGAAUAAGAAAUAUAUCACCUUAAGCUCCCAUCUCCCUGUACUCUCUAAGCCUACGACGGAGGAAUACCUCGCCGGAGAAGACGAACGGCGGAUACGAGCUACGUAGCCGCGGUCCAGCUGCUCGAGGGCUUAACGUCCUUGACAACCUGGUAUCACGAUCCCGACGAUCCUCUACCCAGUCCACCACUACACCAGCCGCCACCACCUCACCACCACCCCCAGCCGCCGCACCAACUUCACCGACGUCCUCUAUGGUGCCCUGCGUUCCAGCCAUGGGCGAUUCCAACGACUUCAAGGCCUUUGCCGAGGCUCUCAAGUCACUGCAGGCGUGCGUCGUGGCCAACGCCCAGGCCAUCGCCAGCCUCACAGCCGAUCGCACGUCCGCCUCAGGCCACAAGAUUGGCUACGACGAGCACCAUGGGGACCGACCACCGAGGUUCCAAAAGCUGGACUUUCCCCGGUACGAUGGUAAAACCGAUCCUCUCAUCUUCAUCAACCGCUGCGAAUCCUACUUCCAUCAGCAGCGCAUCAUGGAGGAGGAGAAGGUCUGGAUGGCAUCCUACAACUUGGAGCACGGGGCGCAUAUGUGGUAUAUCCAGGUCCAGACGGACGAGGGUACUCCAUCGUGGCGCCGGUUCAAGGAGUUGCUCAAUCUGCGCUAUGACCCUCCUCUCCGCGCCGCGCCUCUCUUCGAGCUGGCUGAUUGCCGCCGCACGGGGUCCGUCGCGGACUAUCGGGACCUCUUCCAGGCGCUCCUCCCACGUGCAGGACCCCUCGACGAGGCACAAUGGGUCCAACUAUUCACUGGGGGUCUCCGUCCCCCGCUCAGCCUUGACGUCCAGGUACACAACCCGCAGUCCCUAGCGGCUGCCAUGAGCCUGGCGCGCCAGCUGGAGCUUCGGGAGCAAUAUACACCGACGCCUCCCAAGGGCGCGCCCCAUGGCAUGCUGCCGACCCCUGCACCGCGACUAGCUCUGCCUGCCCCGCUGGCUGAGCAGGCAGCCACGCCCGCGGUCAUGGCAGAUGGGCGCAAACGCCUAUCCAUGCAGGAGCAAGAGGAGCGCCGUCGGUAGGGCCUCUGCUUCAACUGCAACGAGCGCUACACACGGGGGCACAACCGCGUCUGUACGCGGAUCUUCUACAUCAACGACGUCGAGUUGGACACCGCCGACGAGUCCGCCACGGGGGAUGACCACGACACGGAGACGCCGAUGUUCUCCCUUGACGCCGUCGCCGGGGUAUUCGUCGGCAAUACGGUACAACUGCAGGUGGUCGUUGGCGCCGCUACUUUCGUCGCGCUCAUCGACACGGGCUCAACACACAUCUUCAUCGGGGAAGCGGCUGCGCGACGCUCGGGGCUAACCAUCGAGCCGCGGCCUCGACUCACGACAACGGUGGCCAAUGGGGAACGCGUGGCCUGCCCGGGCGUUCUUCGCCAAGCUCCGGUCGACAUGGGCAGCAUGGUAUUCGGCGUCGAUCUCUUCGUAAUGCCCUUAGCCGGGUACGACGUCGUCCUCGGCACGCACUGGAUGGCCACGCUCGGGCCCAUUGUAUGGGACUUCACCGCCCGAACCAUGGCAUUCCAGUGGGAGGGGCGCGACGUCUGCUAGCGCGGCGUGGCACCUCCAUCCGCGUCGACUCUCCUCGCCGCCACAGCCGCCGACACCCUCAUCGACGGGCUGUUACACGCCUUUGCCGAUGUAUUCACCGAGCCGAUCGGACUACCUCCAGCACAGGGCCGCGAGCACCACAUAGUCCUCAAGCCAGGCUCCUCCCCGGUGGCGGUGCGGCCGUACAGGUACCCUGCGGCACACAAGGACGAACUUGAGCGGCAGUGCGCCGCCAUGAUCGACCAGGGCAUCGUCCGCCGCAGCGACUCAGCGUUCUCGUCCCCGGUCAUCCUCGUCAAGAAGCCGGACGGGUCGUGGCGCUUCUGCGUCGACCCCCCGCGCGUUGAACGCGCUCACUGUCAAGGACGCGUUCCCGAUCCCGAUCGUCGACGAGCUCCUCGACGAGCUCCAUGGCGCACGCCUCUUCACCAAGCUGGACCUGCGGUCGGGGUAUCACCAAGUACAGAUGCGGCAGGAGGACGUCCAUAAAACGGCGUUCUGCACCCACGACGGCCUCUACGAGUUCCUGGUGAUGCCGUUCGGGCUGUGCAACGCCCCAGCCACAUUCCAGGCUUUGAUGAACGACGUCCUGCGAACCUACCUCCGCCGGUUUGUGCUUGUCUUCUUUGACGACAUCUUGAUAUACAACACCUCAUGGGCGGACCACCUCCGGCACCUCCGCGUCGUCCUCAACACCCUGCGCCAGCACCGACUCUUUGUCAAGAGGUCCAAGUGCUCAUUUGGUGUUGACUUCGUCGCUUAUCUCGGCCACGUCAUUUCAGCGGCUGGCGUCGCUAUGGACCCCGCAAAGGUCCAGGCCAUCCACGACUGGCCACAA